AUGUCCGGGGAGAUUUCCAUGAUCGGUUCGGUAAUUCUGGCCCUGUUUCUGGCCGGGUAUCUGGGCCAGCAGUAUUUGCCUCCCCCAAAACCCAAAGUUAUCGGCCUGGACCUGGGCACCACCUUCUGCUCAGUGGGGGUCUUCCUCCCUGGCAGCGGGAAGGUGGAGGUGAUAGAGGAUGAGGAGGGGAGGAAGAGCAUCCCUAGCGCCGUUUCCUUCACCAACACCGCGGUGUUAGCCGGGUACGAAGCCAUGGAUGUGGCGGACAGCAACCCCCAGAACACCGUCUACGAUUCCAAGAGAUUCAUUGGGAAGAUUUUUGAAGCUGGACUCCUGGAGCAGGAGAGCACCAGGUACCCGUUCCAGGUGAUAAACAACAACGGAAGUGCAGAAUUUGUGAUCUCCACUAACCACACCUUUACAGUGAGCCCAGAGUUUAUCGGCUCUAGGCUGCUGAUGAGGUUAAAGAAGAUGGCAGAGCGGCAGCUGGGAGUACCCAUCCAAAAGGCCGUCAUCUCUGUGCCUGCAGAGUUCGACGAGAGGCAGAGGAAUUACACCGUCCGAGCUGCUAACCUAGCAGGUUUGGAGAUCCUGCGCGUGAUCAACGAGCCCACGGCUGCAGCCAUGGCCUACGGCCUGCACAAAGUGGACGUGUUCAAUGUGCUGGUGGUGGACCUUGGGGGGGGCACACUGGAUGUGUCUCUGCUCAACAAACAGGGAGGCAUGUUUCUAACCAGGGCAAUGGCAGGAAAUAACAAGCUGGGAGGUCAAGACUUCAGCCAGCGGUUGUUCCAGUACACCACUGAGCGUGUCCGGCAGCAGUUUGGCAUCACCCCCGUCCUCAAGGAGGACAUCCACCAUCUCCGACAGGCUGUGGAAGCUGCCAAACUCAACCUCACCCUCCACCCCAGUGCCUCGAUCAACGUUCCGCUGCACCUUCACGCCCACGAUGCCUCAGAGGACCCCGCUCCCCCUUCAGUUCGCUUUCAGGCGGUGGUUACUCGCGAGCUGUUCGAAGAGCUGAACGAGGACCUCUUCCAGAAGAUCCUGGUGCCGGUGAAGACGGUGCUGGCUGAGGGCCACCUCGAGAAAGAGGACGUGGACGAGAUAGUUCUGGUCGGGGGCUCCACCAGGAUACCGCGGAUCAGAAAGCUGAUCAGCGAGUACUUUGAGAAGGAGCCCAACACUUCGGUGGACCCUGACCUGGCUGUGGUGACGGGCGUGGCCAUCCAGGCGGGCAUCAUGGGCGGCUCCUGGCCGCUGCAGGUGAGCGCGAUAGAAAUCCCCAACAGACACCUGCGAAAGACGAACUUCAGCUAAUCCAGAGUCAGAGAGAGGACUUCUGAUUCCUGUUACUGUGGGAGAGAACAGCGCAACAUAGCAGCAUCUUCUGAAUGCCUGGAAGCUUAUUCAGCUUUCUGCUUCCACCGUCAUCGGGAAAUAUUGUCGGUGACAAACAAAACAUGAUUCCAGCCAAAGUGACUCAAAACAUUUGCUUUUGCUGCACACUUUGCUCUAGCAGUAAUAACAGUUUGAUCAGGUUUGAUUAAAUGGUGUGUCUGUUUUUACUGCUCUGUAGCAUCUUAACCGUCAUUCAGGGAGCAGUUAAAUACCAGUCAGAACUUUUCUAUUUAUUUAUUUAUUCUGUUUUUUUUUCAUGAGUUUGUUUUAGUUUUUUACAGAUCUGCGCUAUUCCAUUUUGUCGGAGCCUUCAGAAAGCUGCCAAUCUGUUUGAAAUGCCUCGCUUCAUAUUGCCGCUUCACAAACGGAUUUAAUGGAUUUCACUGGAACUUACUGUAAUAUAUGAAGGCAUUUAUUUUAACGCCCCUCUGCAGAGCGGACAGUUUCAGUCGUAACUUCAGGGUUCUGAUGGUUUUCAGGGAACCAUUUGGGAUCUUUACUUUUAGUGCCAUGGGUUACUUGCCACUAUGUGAAGUAGAAUCGAUGCACUUUAAGGACUCAAACCUGUUUGGACUUUUGUGCAAUAAUAGAACUGUAUUUAAAGAAAUCACCGUGUCAUAGGAGUGGAUGCUGAAGCUGGGUUCUGACAUUCCUACAGUGACCAAAGUGUUGUUCAUCAGUGCCUUGUUUGUACAAUACUUGUAGAUGUUUUACAGACAUUCAUAUUAAGAACUAUACUUAGGCUCCAUCUGCAUUUAAUUUAUCUUUAGUCAAACCUUCACUGUCUGCUUUGCCUUUAAAAACAUGACCUCAGAAAUCACCCAACAUUCCUUCUGUAACAUUUCCCUGCUUUUUUUUGUGCCAAAUGUAGUUUAGAACAAAUGUGUAAAAUAUGCUUUAGUAUAAAACCUGUAAAGCUCAUAUUUCCCUAUAGACCUUAGAGCUAUUUUUGUACUGGAGGUUUUCAGGAUCAAACCAGACAUGAUAAAGAAGGGAAAGUGCUGUGUUCUACUUUUCCACAUAUUAAAAUGUGAU